UAAAAAAUAAAUACAUUUGUCAGGCUCUCCUUUGCAGACACACUAUCCAGUUUCAGUCGCGCGUUGAGCCCUUCUUAUGCAUCGAAACAAACGAAAUGAAAGUUGCUUCGUUGAUUUCUGGUUCCACUGAUUACACUCGCCUCUUCUCCAUUAAGGACAAUGCGAUGAGGGAAAAGAAGCCAAUUCUUGCAUGGGAAGAACUGAAGUUCUUCAAGAGUUUGGCUCCUCCUCUUGUGGCUGCUUUUCUUGUCUUAUCUCCAAUUUGCACCACUCCACUUUCAAGUGCUCAAGCCGUAGAUUUUCAGAGAGGAGCCACAUUGUUUCGUCAAGCUUGUAUUGGAUGUCACGAUGCAGGUGGAAACAUAAUACAACCGGGGUCAACUCUAUUUACAAAGGAUUUACAGAGAAAUGGAGUUGAUACAGAAGAAGCGAUUUAUCGUGUCACUUACUAUGGCAAAGGACGAAUGCCAGGCUUUGGUAAAGAGUGCAUGCCACGGGGUCAGUGCACAUUCGGAGCUCGUUUGGAAGAUGAAGAUAUCAAGAUAUUGGCUGAGUUUGUCAAGUUGCAGGCUGAUCAAGGGUGGCCAAGUAUAGACACUCAAGAAAAGUGAUUUAAUUCAUGUUUGGUUCCACUUAUUUGUAAAAUAUAACUGUUUAUUUCUUUUAACUUUUUUUUUUUUGAAAACUUUUGAAAAUAAAUUAUUAUUUAUGCAGUAUUAAGCUGAACAAAACAUGUUGACA